AACAUCUGCUUGGAGAUGACCGAAGCGCCACCUUGCGGCCAAACGUGUACUACCGAGAACGGAAUGCUGGGACCCACGUGACUUCCUCUCGGCGAAAGGUUGCCUUGCAAAGAAGAUCUUGUCUUUAAACCCACUUGUGGCAAUCCUUGUACUACUUCAAGAUGGUCAGGGAAGACAAGGCUACCUGGAAGUCUAACUACUUCUUGAAGAUUGUGCGACUGUUGGAUGAAUACCCAAAGUGUUUCAUCGUCGGUGCUGACAAUGUGGGCUCCAACCAGAUGCAGCGCAUCCGCAUAUCCCUACGAGGGACUGGUGAGAUUCUCAUGGGAAAGAACACCAUGAUGAGGAAGGCUAUCCGUGGACACAUGGAGAGUAACCCCUCCCUAGAGAAGCUUCUCCCCCACAUCUCUGGGAAUGUUGGCUUUGUCUUCACCAAGGGAGACCUGAAGGACGUCCGUGACAAGAUUCUGGAGAACAAGGUGGAAGCUCCUGCUAAAGCCGGUGCCAUUGCACCAGUGGAUGUAUAUCUGGACCCCCAGAACACCGGCCUGGGUCCUGAGAAGACAUCCUUCUUCCAGGCUCUCUCAAUCCCCACCAAGAUCUCAAGGGGCACCAUUGAAAUCCUGAACAAGGUGUACCUGAUUAAGAAGGAUGAGAAGGUGGGAGCUUCCGAGGCGACCUUGUUGAACAUGUUGAAGAUUUUCCCCUUCACAUAUGGGUUGGGGAUCCAGCAUGUGUAUGACAGUGGCUCAGUCUUCCAUCCAUCUAUCCUGGACAUCACUGAUGAAGACAUCCUAGCCAGGUUCAUGCAGGGGAUCCAGAACGUAGCCAGUGUGUGCCUGUCCAUCGGCUACCCUACCGCUGCCUCUGUCCCACAUUCCGUCGCCAACGGCUUCAAGAACCUGCUGGCCAUCGCAGCAGAGACAGACAUCACCUUCUCCCAGGCUGAACAGAUGAAGGCCUUCUUGGCCGACCCCUCAGCCUUCCAGGCUGCAGCUGCCACUACGGCUGCACCUGCUGAAGAAGCCAAGGAGGAAGCCAAGGUGGAAGAAGAGGAAGAAGAAGAAUCUGAUGACGACAUGGGCUUCGGCUUGUUUGACUAGUCCAGUAAUGUUGCUGCCGUAGUGGUUUCCUAUGGUGCAGUGGUCAUGUUUUUAUAACAGACGCACUGAGCAAAAUUGGAACCAUCAAACAGCUUAUGCCAACAUAAGUCCCAUCAUAUGGUCUAUUAAAGUCAAAUAGACACAA